AGUUACGUCAAACCUCGUCACCAUCACCAUCAUGAUAGGCCAUGCGCCCAUGCCGCAUGGACAAUAGAAGAUUGUCCUUUGCUAAUGACCAUAAAAAGUGACAUCAACAGCUACCCAAUCAUACAGCUACCCAAUAGAAGAAGCAAAAAUCCCAUAUAUUGGUACUUCUAUUUAUUUUGGCAGCAGAAGUUUUUUUUUCUCGUAUGAAGUUCGUUGAUUCAGCUGUUCCUAACUUGCAAAUUCUCCAGGAUCAUCAGCAAUAGUGACAUGGGCCUUGAGAAAAGAGUUGCAGAGCACAAUGAUGUGAAGCAAGAUAACCAAUCGCGGGCUCUCUGCCUGCAUGCUUUUUCUGAUUUGUCAUGUGUUUCACCAGUUGUGUUUCUAUACCUUUUAAAAGAAUCUUAUAUCUAUGGGAAGUCUAAAGCAACUACAAAAUUCCGAGCUUUGCAACAACAAGUCAAUCUAGCCCUCAAAAACGGCCCUCAGCCUGGACCAGCUGUCUUUAUUGCCCGCUGCCUCUAUGUGCUUCCAGUGUUCGACUCAUAUGCUGAUGGUUUCAGUCAUUUGAUUGUAUCUGCUCUUCGUAAAUACCUCAAAGGCGAUACAGAUCCUACUGAUCUGCAAGAAGCACAGGAUCUUGCUGCACAGCUUUUUCUUGAUGUUGUUCAAGGAUUUAUCAUCCAUGAUGAGAGGAUACUUAUAAAGAUAAUUGAAGCUUUUGAUGUGAAGUUGGUGAAUAUUGAAAAGGCUUUACACAAUUCAGUUUCAAAGGACGAAAUUUAUGACAAGGCCCAGGCUUUCAUGGAGAAGUAUAUUCAUCAACAUAUAGAAUCUCAGUCGUAUAUGACUGCUGUCUCUUUGAUGGAACAAUUUGGUAUCCACCACUCUGGAGAAUCUUUCCUCUUCAAAAUCUUAGAGAACAAAGAUUUUAGAGCAGCCGAGAAAUGGGCAUCAUAUGUGGGUAAGCCAAUGUUGUGUGUUCUUGUCGAGGAAUACGUUAAGAUGAAUAUGUUUAAAGGUGCUUAUGGGAUUAUAAAGAGGAAUAAUCUACAGGAGGAAUUUCCAGAUGUAUACCAUAAGUGUAAAGAAAGCUCACUGAAGGCUCUCGCUGAAAAAGGAUGCUGGGAUGUUGCAGAGGAGAGGGCAAAGAAUGAUAGACAACUUCUUGAAUAUUUGGUUUAUCUGGCGAUGGAAGCUGGCUACUCUGAGAAGGUUGAUGAAUUAUGUGAAUGUUACUCGCUGGAAGGAUUUGUAAAAGCUAAAGAACCUGAGGUGCAUCCUGUUCAGAGUCGUUAUUUGGAUCUUCAUGAAUUAUUCAUAGAUGACAUUAUAUGGGUUGAUGAAGCUGUCAGCCUGCAGAAAGCGACUUCUUAUAUUGAAGGGUGUAAAGUUGUUGGUGUAGAUUGUGAAUGGAAGCCUAACUAUGUGAAAGGUAGCAGAGCCAACAAGGUUUCUAUAAUGCAAAUUGCUUCAGAAAAGGUUGCCUUCAUUUUUGAUUUGAUUAAGCUGUAUGAUGAUGUGCCCGAUAUUCUGAACAGCUGCUUAAUUCGUAUUCUGCACUCCUCUAGAGUUCUAAAGCUUGGCUAUAAUUUUCAAUGUGAUAUGCAUCAGUUGGCCCAUUCCUACCCAAAGUUGGACUGCUUCAAGCGUUACGAAAUGCUUUUGGAUAUCCAGAAAGUAUUCAAAGAGCCUUGUGGUGGGCUAUCUGGCCUAGUGAAGAAAAUACUGGGAGCUGGUCUGAACAAAACAAGAAGGAACAGCAACUGGGAACUAAGGCCUCUGAGUCAGCAACAAUUGGACUAUGCGGCUCUUGAUGCCGUUGUUCUUGUUCAUCUAUUCCACCAUAUUGGCAGCCACUCUCAAGCUGUUGAUGUCCAAGACAAUAAUGCCAAAAUGGAGUGGAAAUCCCACAUUGUAAGUGCAUCGACUAAAUCAAAUCCAUCUCUUUUUAAAGCUGUGACUGGAGUGUCAAUUGUGGAUCAAAAUCAGGCUGUAAGGCUUCACAUGUUAGCGACACCAAGAUGUUGCGGAAGAAAGACCCUAGAGGUGAGAAGAAAUCUGAAGUUGACGUUGGGCAGCCUGAAUCCACUUGAGCUACUAACACGACAGAUUUGCAUUUCCAUUCUGUGAGGAAGAAUUGUAUAUACAUCUAGUAGAGUUUACUCAAAUGGUAACUCUUCAGCAAAAUGCUGUCUUGCACUGUACAUAAUAUACGGUAUAUACUGAUAAUACAUUGGCAACAGAUUGUAUAUAUCUCUAAAGCUUAACGAAGCCUUAAUCGAAGCACUCCUUGCAUUA